AUGCUUUCAUUUUAUUAUUUGGCUUUUUUUCUGUCAAUUCUUAAAGUUUGCUGGGCAGGCAACUGUAUUGACCAAUUCUGUCCGCCUGGAACAUUUUGUGAUGAGCGCCCUGGUCCAUGCCGCAAUCCCCCAUGUGCCACAAUUCUGGCUUGUCUUCCAAUUGAGGCUAAUGGUUGUGCCCGAAUGGAAUGCCAAGCUCCCAAAGUCUGUGUAGAACGAGUCCGCCCAUGUAUUGGCAGGUCUUGUAAGGAAAUCGCCACCUGCGAGACGCCAAACACCUGCGCCUCAGUCGUCUGUCCACCUUCUCAAAAGUGCCACGUGGAAAACGGAUCGCCUACAUGCAAAAAACAUAUUCCACCGACCCGGGGAAUCAUCGGAAAAGCAGUGUUGGAUGAGAAACAAUUUCAGGAUAAUUGA